CAAUCGUGUCUGUUCCCUCCAGAUGGCUGAUGAUGUCAUGAUCUGUCUCUAUAACAACACACAGCCAGCAUCUGCCACUGAAGUCCCUUUGUGGUUCAUUGACCAUACAGGGAGUCAGUGUGGGAAACUGAGCUCUACUUGUUACUCACACUGACUACAAGGCACGUGUCAAAGACUCUGCUACAUCUGGACAGCUACAUGAUUAUUGUGCUGACGUUAUUUGAAGUGCCUCAAUGGGCAUCACACUGUUCUCUGACAUGUCACACUGUAUUUUUGAUUUUGGAAAACUGAAAAAUAAUUAUGAAGCUGAUGAAAGAAAAUGAACUUCUUAAAUGAUUGAGUUAAAUUAAAAUGAUUUCGCCAACUAUAUUUAAAGCCUGAGACAAAAAGCAAAGAAAGUUCCAGUUAAGUUUUUGUAUUUAUUGCGAUCAUACAUGUAAUUUAUGCAUUACACACAAAUGUUAUUCCCUCGUGUGUGUGAUGUGAUGCUGAGCGUGUGCUCAGUCACAGUCAUUGAUCCCAGCAUCAGGCAGCAGAUCUGCUCUCUCUACAGGGUCACCACUUUCCCACAUUCACACAGAGCUCUGUGAGCUUCUCUCCAUCACCCCCCCAGUCCUCCACCUGUUCCCCUGAGAUCUAACCAUUGUGCCCCAGGCCAUCACACACUUCACACUGCGGUAUCCUCUAUUGUCUCACCAAGCUCUGUGAUUGGCUGAGACUGUGAGAAACUCCAGUCAGACCAAGACCCACACAUUCAUAUGGAGAUGUGGGGCUAUAAAUAGGAGGGAUGAAGCCAGCACAGAGCAGAUUCUCUCUGCAGAGACCUCUACAGCACAGAGAUCCACCCAUGGCACCUACUAUCACUGCAGCAAUGACCAAUUCUCAGGAACAUCUGACUCUGAACCACAAGCUCAGAAAGCCUCUGGUGGAGAAGUUACGCAGGGAGCGAAUCAACAGCAGCAUUGAGCAGCUCAAGUCUCUGCUGGCUCCAGAGUUCCUCAAACAGCAGCCAGACUCCAAGCUGGAGAAAGCAGACAUCCUGGAGAUGACAGUUUGUGUCCUGCAACGACUGCAGCAUCAACAGCAGAGAAGACUGAUGAAGAACUUCAGCAAGCUGCAGUCUUCCUCUGAGAAACACCUGACAGAUGCUGACUUCUCUCUUCUGAGCUCCACAGUCCACAUCAGCAUCACCAAAGACAAGAGUCCAGUCAGCAGCGCCCCCUGGAGGCCGUGGUAGACACCUCCAGCCUGGAGUCUCUCCUGGAAAAAGUCAGUUGUGAAACAAAGAUGACUGGACUGAACUCUUUG